CGCCAGAAAGGCUCCAAUGAUUCUUGCCGCCGCACCCGGUCCGCCACCUUCUGUCACCGGCGCCAUCAUCCCAACCAUCCUUUCGGUCAGCUCCCCUGCCCAUCUCCUCCACCUGUUAACCCAAUGCACCACCGUUUCUCAGCUCAAACAAAUCCAUGCUCACGCCCUCCGCACCACUCCCCCACAAUCCGACCCAGACAUAUCCCGCCUCUUUAAAAAAAUUCUCCAAUUCUCGUCUUUGCAUGACCUCAGAUACACUAUAAACGUGUUUAAACGGCUCCCAGAUCGUGACUCGUUCACUUGGAACACUCUUAUAAGAGCCCAUGCUCAUAGUGCAGACCACAAAGAACAAGCAAUUAUGCUAUUUUAUCAAAUGUUAAACGAGGAAAAUGUUUUACCUGACAAGUAUACUUUCCCAUUUGUGCUAAAAGCUUGUGCGUAUUUAUUUGCUCUAUUCGAAGGCACGCAAGUUCACGGACAGGUUUUGAAACGGGGGUUUGGUUCAGAUGUAUAUAUUAACAACAGCUUAAUUCAUUUUUAUGCUUCUUGUGGAUGUUUGGAGUAUGCGAGGAAAGUGUUCGAGGAAAUGCCGGAUAGAAGUGUCGUGUCGUGGAAUGCUAUGAUGAAUGCUGUAGUUGAGGUGGGGGAAUUGCAGGGUGCGUUGAGAAUGUUUUCUGAAAUGCAGAUGCUGUUUGAACCUGAUGGAUAUACGGUACAGAGUGUAAUUGCUGCUUGUGCUGGUUUAGGGGCGUUGUCUUUGGGCAUUUGGGCUCAUGUUUAUGUUUUGCGGAAGUGUAAAUUUGAUGUAAAUCUUGAAAUUUUAGUAAAUAAUUCGUUGGUGGAUAUGUACGGUAAAUGUGGAUCAGUAAAUUUGGCUGUGCAGGUUUUCGAGGGAAUGAGGAAUCGUGAUGUAAAUUCAUGGAAUUCAAUUAUUCUCGGAUUUGCCAUGCACGGGAAGUUUGAGGCUGCUAUAGAAUACUUUGAAAGAAUGGUUAAUGAGGGUGGAUUUGUUCCUAGUUCGAUAACAUUUCUUGGUGUUUUAAGCGCAUGUAAUCAUAGAGGUUUGGUUGACGAGGGUCGCAAAUACUUUCAUAAGAUGGUUAAGGAGUUUGACAUUAUCCCUGUUUUGGAACACUAUGGUUGUCUUAUUGAUCUUCUAUCUCACGCUGGCCUCAUUAACGAAGCACUUGAUACUGUAUUCAGCAUGCCAAUGAAACCCGAUUCGGUGAUUUGGAGGAGUCUUCUUGAUGCUUGUUGCAAGAAAGAUGCAGGACUAGAGCUUAGUGAAGAAAUGGCCAGGCAUAUGAUUGAAUGUGAAGGCAGCGAUUGCAGUGGUGCGUAUGUCUUAUUGUCAAGGUUGUAUGCCUUAGCUAAUCGCUGGAACGAGGUUGGCUUGGUCAGGAAACUGAUGGCAGAAAAGGGUGUUAACAAAGAGCCUGGCUGUAGUAUGGUCGAAAUUGAUGGCAUUGCUCACGAAUUUUUUGCUGGGGAUACAUCUCAUCCUCAAACUACGGAGAUUUACCAGCAUUUAGAUGUGAUUGAAGAAAAGUUGACUUCUAUGGGUUAUAGUCCUGAUAUUUCACAGGCAGCUAUGGUAGAUGAAGGUGGUGAUGGAAAAGGGCGGUCUCUUCGGUUGCACAGCGAGAGACUAGCGGUUGCAUUCGGACUUCUGAACCAAAAACCAGGAGUGCCUAUUCGCAUAUUUAAAAAUCUCCGUUUCUGCAGUGACUGCCACAAUGUGAUCAAGCUAAUAUCCAAAAUUUUCAAUGUAGAAGUAAUUGUUAGAGAUCGUUUAAGGUUCCAUCAUUUUCUUGAUGGGUCGUGUUCUUGCAUGGAUUAUUGGUAAUUUGGCUUUGUAAUGCGCACUCACAUUCUAAACCACACUGAAUUCUCAAGGCCAUUAGCAUAGCAUUCCGCCGGUGAAGAGGUUAACCAUUUAUUGCUCUGUUCGUACUCUCCCUGGUGCUGCUACCGCUUUAGGACCCGCGCGUGUUGCUGGAACUGGCAAUGUAUUGAUGUCAUGGCGCUGUAGUAAUCUCCUCUGAUAGUCAAGAUUAGGUAGCAUUUCGAACAAACAAAAAGUUGUGGCAGGCAUAAUCGAUGUCAUUAUUGUUUGUUUCAUUGAACCCUAUCUACUCCUACGAGGAGGAUCAAUCACUCCACGGGACCUUUCAGCUGGGAAUAUGAAACGAGU